AUGACUCUCACAACUUCUGUGUACGAGCGCCCGCCCCGCUGGCCGCCCCGGCCCUCACGAGCCAGAGACACCCCGAGGAGCCCAGUGGCGGCCCAGCGAACUCCAGCCCGGCGGAGCGGCCGCGCCCGGACCAGCUACUCCCCUGCAGGCGCCUCCCUCCUCGGCGCCCCCUUCUCCGGCACGAACUCGCCAUCCGCACCGGUUCGUAGGAGGGCGCGCGGGUGGAAAGGCCCGGAUCCGGUGUCAUCCCCCUCCGUGUUCCUCCCCGGGGGAUGUGGGAACUGGCGUUUACACACAGCUAGGGGCACGCUGUGCCCUGUGAUACAGUUCAGCGGAGCACGGCGUGGGGCUCCCCGUGGGCGCCCGGCACAGGCGGCCCUGAUUCGGCCUCCGACGCAGCCUCCUGGACACCCGGGCUCUCCCCGUCGGCGUUUCGCGGGAGCCCGAGGCGCUCAGGCCGGGAGCCAGACCCCUCUACCUGGGGUGGUGCGGCGGCCUCCUUCCUGCCCCGCAGCGGCCGGGCCGCAAGCGCACUCUCCGGGCCGCAGAGAGUGGGCUGACCGGAGCGGACAGCGGGCGACACUCGCGCCUCGCGUACGCCGGGACGCCGCCUGGGCCCCGCGGCCUUCGUGCCCCGCGGUGCCACCGGCCACCGAGCGCGGGCGCGGGGCGAGCGAGGAGCGGCUGCAAGAUGGCUGCGUGGGCACGAGGUAG